AGUGCGCAUGCGCGGUAGGUAUAACGACUGAAAUAUGAAAAAUGGCGAAGACCAAUUUGAGUCCCAAACAAGCGAGUAAGAAUCAUUGUGAGUCAGGUUCUGAAGACCUCCCUCUGCCGGCUGCAGACGUUCUAAUAGACCUGAAAGAGAGUGCCAGGCGUAGACGGGCGAUGGAGAAAGGUUUGAGGACUUCCCCACGAAAGAAAACUCCCAAACACAUCACUCACAGCAGCUCACCAAAGAAGAGCUUGAAUCACUCUGCACUGAGCAGCCGAAAGCUUGACUUCUCGAAUGACUCGUCUGGCCUCCAGAACAGUGUGUCAGACAGCAGUGGAGGAGAGGGGGCCGAGAAUGGACUCAUGGAGAUUGAUGUCAAGCCUCUGAAUAGAUCUCUCACUGCCUCUCCUUCAAAGAGGUCACUGUCCAAGCUUCUUCGUUCUGAUCAAGCCACCCUACUUUCUGUGAGCAGUCGUUUCAGGAACCUGUUGAAGUUACCCAAAGCUCACAAGUGGUGCUAUUACGAAUGGUUCUACUCUGAUAUCGAUCAGCCAUUGCUGGUUGGAGAAAAUGAUUUCUGUAGAUGCCUUCAAGAAAUGUUUCCAGAUCUCAAGACUCGCUCCCUGACUCGUGUACAGUGGCAUCAGCUUCGUCGCCUCAUGGGCAAACCACGACGCUGCUCUCCGAAACCACGACGCUGCUCUCCGACAUUCUUUGCAGAGGAGAGAACUCUCUUGGAGUUUAGGAGAAAGAAAAUAAGACAGCUACAGAGACAAGUGCACCAAGGAAUGAUCAUCUCAGACAACAUGUCCCAGUAUAAGGACCUCCCUGACGAGCUGCCCGCCCUGUUGGUAGUAGGUACCAAGGUAACUGCUCGACUAGCCUCAGCUAGAGAGCAUGAGAGAGGCUUCUACACUGGCACUGUUGAUGCUGUGGACAUCGAUAAACAUCGCUACUGGGUCACUUUUGAUAGGCCAGGCCUCGGAAAUCAUCCAAUCCCAGACACAGAGAUAAGACCAUAGGCAAGUAUUGCUGGUGAUCGGAAGGGGGUGCUCCAGGUGUUCACGUACAACGAUGGGCACAUCGGACAAUGCACCUUCUCUGGCUAUUGCAGUAGCGAGGAAGUGACCGCCAUUUGUCCCGUGCGUAACCUCAUGUGGUUGGGCACUGCAAACGGCACAAUCAAGAUCUUCCACGCUCCAACACUCAAGGUUCGGUUUGCGGCUAAGAUGGUUGUUCACGGAGGCAAAUCUGCAUCUUUUAUACUCAAUAUCAUCCACGUUGAAGAAGCAUCUUGCGUUCUUGUUGCCAGUCACAACGGAGAAAUUUGGGUAUUUUACGAUCGUGUUAUACAGGGUGGUCUUAAAGUUCGAGAAAGAAUAACUCUGCCAGAGUUUUCGCCGUGUUUUCAUCUCGUGAAAGUGCCGCAUCGAGAUCCCGGCAAAGUGGAGGUCUGGGGAACAAUGGAUCAUAAUUGAGUCCUAGUCUUGGAGAGAGUCAAUAAAAAAUGGACGCAGAUAGAACUUGAAGCGUCGCCUGGAGACUUGAGGCUCAAGCUUUGCUCGUAUAUUGUUCACACAUCUUUUACUAGUCGUACUACGGGCUUGGAGUGCAGUCAUACGUGGGUGUCGUACCGAAAUCGAUCAUUGCUUGUUGGAUUUGAUGCUCUGACGAGGAAGCAGAGGUGUAGACUUAACUGUGCAGAUGCUCUCAGAAAUCGAGAUGACCCAUCUUGCCAGGUAGUCACAAUGGUCGCUAAAGGUGUGAAGUUAUUCGUGGGAACAUCAGGAGGUGUUGUGGGCGUGUUCGAUUCAGAAAGUGUUGAACUUCUCAACGUCUUCUCAUGGCACAAAGAAAAAGUCCGAACUCUGUUAGUAAUGCCAAAAGAAAUGGAAGCAUGCAUAUGCAACGAAAUCCCAUUCAAUAAUUUGGAAUCGGAACAUCAGAAUGGAGUCUCUAAAGGCCACAAGUUUCAGCGCGGGAUGUCUGCUUUUGCGUACCUGGAGAAUCAGCACUGUAUCCAUAAUGAUGAACCUGACGCUGUGAUGCUUAUGAGUAUCGGAAAUGGACGAAGAAAGUAUCAAGUUAGCGAACAAAGCAAGCAAGAACGAAUCAAGAUAUUCAAUGAUACUCAGCACUCUAUUGGGAGGAGACCAACGUCUAUGGACAAACUAGGGGAAGACAUAGUUUUAUUGCAAUGGAGAAGCUAGCUGGCACUAUAAUGUGUGUAUGUGUGUCUAUAUUUAUACACGAUUGUUUGUACUGUGUCAUACCUGUGUUUGAUUAAUCCACUAUA